UUGUCUACGGUCUAUUCGCAUGUAUGACAGCGAAGCUCAUGUGUGAGCUGCAGCGGCCACAUGCUGUGAUGUCACACACCGGAUGAACCCGCAGCUGCAGUUGUUUCACGUCAAAACAAUCCGGAAGACGAUGCAGCAUGACGGAACUGUAUUGGAGCGGAGACGAGGUCAAGGCGGAUUUAAUAACACUACUGUUUUAGGCACGGUAGUGGACUUUAAUAAUGUUGUUGAAUAGGAGUCAAACAUAGAGACUAAAGCGAAGAUUGUCCACUGUGUUGUGAGUUUGAAGCCAAUCAAUUCCGCCUCGCGUUUUGGAUUCAAAGUCCAUGUUUAGAUAUCACAGCAGAUCUAGAUAUUACAGUGUUAGCUCAUCGCAGACUGGACCAGAGUCAUCAUGGGCAAUGGAAUGAAUAAGGUUGUCGAUGGGCUCUAUCUUGGAAAUAUAAGAGAUGCAGAAAACAAAGAAAGCCUGUCUAAGAAUGGCAUCACCCACAUCCUGUCAGUGUACAACAAUGCUAAACCUGUGUUUGAGGACAUGACGUACCUUUGUAUUCAUGCAGCUGAUGCUUCCAGCCAGAACCUAUUACAGCAUUUUAAAGAGUGCAUCAGCUUUAUACAUGAGUGUCGCCUGAAUGGUGGAUCCUGUCUUGUUCACUGCCUUGCAGGUGUGUCCCGCAGCACUACCAUGGUGGUGGCCUACCUGAUGACUGUAACCCACUACAGCUGGGAGGAGUGUCUGUCUGCAGUCAAGGCUGUCCGCUCCUUUGUCGGCCCAAACUACGGAUUCCAGCAGCAGCUGCAAGAGUACCAGACAACACAAGUCUCAGAGUACCGAGCCUGGUUACGGGCCAAUUUCCGUCCCAGUCCAUUUAAUGACCAGGAGCAAGUGGGAGCUCUGCUGAGCCAGUACACAGAGCAACAGGAGAGCCAGAGGAGAGGAGGAGACCAGCGCUGGAUAAAUCAAGGUGUAGGUGUCUGUGCUCUGCCGUCCAACCCCGAUGACCCUGAAGGCAGCAGCUGAAACGUGGGCCGCUGACUGUGCUAAAAUCCUGCCCAUUACUGUCUGUAAACAGUAACGAUAAUUCUGUACUCAAUUCCAAAUCAACCCCAAGUUUGAUCUAACUUUAAGGCCUUUCUACAAUUCUGAAAGCAUAGGUUGAAAUAAAUCGGCCCCUAAAAGCCAAGCAAAUCUUUCAUACUUUAUUUGCAGCCGUCCGAUCAUUUGUAAUCAAUGGAGGUUGAUUUAGAAUUGGGCUACGGACUCUAAUCCACUACCAAUACCUUCCCUUCACCCUUAACUAAGUAUAGCCACAACCGGGGUAUCGGUGCUCACAGACGCCUUACUCUUAACACCUCAGCACCUUAGCCAUGAUGAAUAAACUACACCUCUGUGCGGACUCUUUACACCUGCAAUGUUCAGCUCAGUAGCCUUAAAGAAGAGACUGAUAAAUGCUGUCUUAAAGGAACACUUUGUCUCUAACUAUGUGGAUGGAAAUCCACAAAUCUGUAACCAAUUUGAUGAGAUUAGUUUGAGCAGCUAUUCUGACACAUUCAUUCUAUUUCUAUUGACGGACCGCAUUUGCCGAAAUGCAAUCUCAAAACCCCUUAGCUAUCGUCUGAUGUUAAUUUAGUUUUAUAUUUGCCCUUGUAUGCAGAAAUCUGUUCAUCGAGAUUUGACAAAAUAAUCAGCACACCUAAUAGGAGGUCUUGGCCUGGAUAUCUGCUGGCUGCACUGGAUCUACCAAAUUAUGGCCAUUGCCCCCAGAGGCUUUAUCGUUAUCAGAGCGAUAGUUCAUGGGUUAUCUAGUUAGGUUAAAGAAACAAAAAUGAUAACAUCCAAAGCCUCCGUAGUAUGUCCCCAGUAAACUGAUGCUGGAUAAUAUAAGCCAGGCGUGGCAUUUGUUGGUAAACUAGGCUGUUUCCAUUUUCUACAGUUGUAGAGAACAUUGAUUUACACCACGGCCACUUAAGGACACACCAUUAAAGUAACACAUGGAAUAAGUUCAGAAAUUAGUAAAAUGUUCCUUUAAGUACAUAGCAGGUUUAAUUGGGAAGCCACAUAAAGAGUUGUUGAGUAACACUCUAACUACAUAUGAAGAAUCUCUGCAGUCCAAAUGCUUCCUGAAUUUACCGAAGCUCUGAUUUAUCUUUUUAUUGUGACAAAGCUGAUUUUUAGAUGAUUUCUGUUAUAGAUACAUGGGUACAGUUAAUUGUUGUAAUCGUGUAUGUAUGGUGCUUUUUUGUUUGUGUUUUAUAAUAAAAACUAUGGAAAUGCUAAUAAAUCUGUACUACCGAUGCCA